AUGGCAAAUCCAGAAAAGGGAAAUCAAACGUCUAACACAGAAUUCAUCCUCCUGGGAUUCGGGGAUCUCCCUGAACUGCAGCUCCUUCUCUUCCUGCUGUUCCUAGUGAUCUACAUUGCGACCAUGGCUGGGAACAUUCUCAUCAUGGUGUUAGUUGUGACUGAUCAGCACCUUCACACCCCCAUGUACUUCUUCCUGGGGAACUUGUCCUGUUUGGAGACCUGCUACAGCUCCACCAUCCUGCCCAGGGUUCUAUCUGGUCUCCUGACUGGGGACAGGACUAUUUCAUUUAAUGGGUGUAUUACACAAUAUUAUUUCUUUGCUUCUAUGCUUGCUACAGAAUGUCUUCUCCUGUCGAUGAUGUCUUAUGAUCGGUAUUUAGCAAUAUGCAAUCCACUGCACUAUGCAGCCCGUAUGAGUGACAGGUCUUGCCUACAGCUUGCAGGUGGCUCUUGGAUAGGUGGCUUCCUUCUGUGUAGCAUAACAACAUUGUUUAUAUCACAGUUAACGUUCUGUGGCCCCAAUGGUAUUGACCAUUUUUUUUGUGAUUUCAUCCCCCUUGUAAAACUCUCCUGCAAUGACCCUCUCCUGAUGGAAACGUUGGCUUUCACAGUGAGCUUCCUUUUCUCACUGGCCCCAUUCCUCCUUACUUUGAUGUCCUACAUCUGCAUCAUCACCACCAUCCUGAGAAUCCCAUCCACCACUGGGAGGCAAAAGGCCUUUUCCACCUGCUAAUCCCACCUCAUUGUGGUGAGCAUUUAUUACGGAACUCUGCUGAUUGUCUAUAUGUUCCCAACCACUGAUAUCCUGAGCGACUUCAAGAAAGUUCUCUCUGUCAUCUACACAGUCCUGACUCCGCUGGUCAAUCCCCUCAUCUGCAGCUUGAGAAACAAAGAGGUCCAGGAGGCCCUGAGGAAAGCUUGCAGGAAAUUCAGGUUUGGACCAUGCUAA